UUUGAAUACAGAGUCGCAGCGGGGAGCUAAUUUCCUUAAGACAUUUUUCCCUCCCCCCCGGCUCUGAGACGUUGGUAGGUCCCACUUCCGGUCUCCCCGGAAGUUUCGCGCAAUGGAGAGAGGAGAAAUGCCUGAGGAAGAAAGGCAGUCGGGCCGUGUUCUUCCUACAAGUCUGGAAUCAGAGAAUUUGAAGAAGAGCAAUUGGGGGUUCUUGCUUACUGGGAUCAUUGGUGGUGCCCUGGUGACAGUGUAUGCUGUGGCUACACCAUUCAUCACACCGGCCCUCCGCAAGGUUUGUUUGCCGUUUGUGCCUGCAACUUCCAAGCAGAUUGAAAAUGUCGUGAAGAUGUUGCAGCACCGAAGAGGAUCCCUGGUGGACAUCGGCAGUGGCGAUGGGCGGAUUGUGAGUUAUGUCAAACGCUUGAAGGUGAUUGCAGCUGCAAAGGAAGGAUUCCCAGCUGUGGGCUAUGAACUGAAUCCAUGGCUGGUUUGGUACUCCAGAUACCGUGCCUGGAGGGAAGGUGUGCAUGGCUCUGCCAAGUUUUAUAUUUCAGAUUUGUGGAAGGUCACCUUUGCACAGUACUCCAAUGUUGUUAUUUUUGGUGUGCCUCAGAUGAUGCCACAGCUGGAGAAGAAACUUGAGCUUGAACUUGAGGACGAUGCUAGAGUUAUUGCCUGCCGAUUCCCUUUCCCACACUGGACUCCAGACUACACUGCUGGAGAGGGCAUUGACACUGUGUGGGCAUAUGACAUGAGCGCUUUCAGAGGACGGGGUAAGAGGGCCAGAGCAUGCAUGCAUCAUCCAGCAGAGCUUCAUGGAGGCAGCUGAGAAGUGCGCUUCUUCAUGCCCUAGAUGCAGCUGCUGCCGCAGAGCCACCUCUCCUUGACACCGAACAAGAAGUCACCACGCUUUCCUUUCCUCUUGGAGAAAACGAACAGAAGCUCAGAAAAACACUGAGGUUUAUUUAAAAUCUGCUGCUUUUUAAAGGGCAGUUUCACGUAGCCUGGCUUGGCUUUGAGUUGGCUGAGGAUGACCUUGAACUUGCGAUACGUCUUCAGUAAAAUCUGCUCUCAGUGGACUAUUCUGGAUGGGUUUACUGCAUUUCUGUACAUGAGGAUGCAUGAAGAUAUAAAUAAGAGACUGUUUGUUUGGGUCAGAAGGUUGUCAUCUCAGCAGCGUGUUUUAAUGCCAUGGAAGAAAAGGGAGGGGCCCUUAGGCAGUUUCCUAUAGCUUUGUUCAUAAGUGAGGCUUAUCUCCUUUCUGUAGUUGGUAGCUAAGUUAAUUAAUUAUUUAAAAUAUUUAGAGUGACAUUUAUAUUUUUCCCCUAAGGCUGUUGGCUUACUGUACUGUAUUGAAUGAACAUGUAUAUGUACAUAUACAACUGUGUGUAAAUGGACUAUGUAACACACAUGUUUUAACAUUGGGGAAAUGGUAACAAGUUGCAUUUGGCUUUAGUUGACAGCAUUUAGUUGACAGCGUUACGUGUUUUGGUUACAAUUGUCGUACAUCUGUAGAUUUAAUGAGGCUUUUAAAGAGCCUUGGCUCAGGGAGAUGUUAGUAAGGGCUUAACAGUGAGUGACUGUGAGCUCUCUCUGGGGCCUGUGCAUCAGUUAGUAAAAGCAUAACAGUAGCCUUUAACCCCAGCACUUGGAAGGCAGAGGCAGGUAAAUCUCUAUGGGGUCAAGGCCAGCCUGGUCUACAAGUUGAGUUCCUGGACAGCCAGGGCUGUUACAGAGAGAAACCCUGUCUCGAAAAACCAACCAAGCAACCAACCAAGCAACUAAACAAGCAAUCAAGCAAACAAACCAGUGAGUGGCUGAGCUUUGGAAUCUGAGCUGAGGUUCUGUUUUGAGCAGGAGGCCUUGGGCAGUGACUGACUGUCUCUGACCCUUGCAGCCUGCUACCAGGACAGUGAUAUGCUGAACAUGGGUCUGGGGAUCAGUUUUUAAACUUACUGCACAGUCUUUGGUCUGCCAACGGUGUUUAUGUUUUAGACACCGAGGGAAAGCUUAUUGGAGGGAAAUCACAGAUUUUUUUUUUUUUUUUGCUAGUCACUUCUCUUAUGAGAAUAGACAUUUAUUUAACAUUUCUCAUUUAUGAGAAGAGACUUGACUGGUUUAGAUAGAAGACAAGUAAAGGAAAACCUUUGAAUGUGAGUAGACAGGCUGUAUAGAUCUGAAAAAUGAGUAUCAACUGGUGGCAUGGUGGUUCAACUCAUCUGUUCGUCUCAGAGAAAAGAUCAAGCUGCACUCCUACACUGGGACCUAAAUACCAAGCUGUUCUGAUGGGAAUUUAAUUUUAAAAGGUGUCUGACUAUUUAGCUAAACUGAUCAGAAUAGGAACAUCUCAUAGUUUCCUUGAGAGGACCAACUGGGGACACAUGCAUUCUGUCACUCAUUCAUCACACACAUGUCUGCUGGUUCACGAUGAAAAGACAUUGCUGAUUCCGACCUCCAGAAGUUCUGGAGAAUGCAGAGACAGAGAGCAAAUGUUAGGGUGUGUAAGGUUUUCUGAUGAAAUAGAAGCUUUGUGUGUUUGUGAGGAGCACACAGAGGGUGUGGGCAUUAAAUAAUUUGUUGACUGUU